AUGGCAGACGAGGUUGUUGGUGUCACACGCCAUUUCCCAUUGCAUUUUCCGAAUUGCCUGAAGGCGAUCGCUGGGGUCUUGAGGCACCCGGCUUGCGCCGGAGAGACGGUGGUGGCCGGAGGUGGCCGAAGUCCGUUUCAGCCGCAGGAGCGCGAGCAGAAGCGCGUGCAAUUGGAGGUUUACAGAUGCAUUUUUGCAGUCACAGCGGCCACACCCGGCGAGACGGGCACCGGCGAAACAGCGCGGAAGCGCCGCGAGGAGGAGCUGGGCGCGCAACUGGCGCAGGCUCAGCGAGAGGAGUCGGAGGUCUCACGGCAAAUGGAGGAGUUGAAGCGCAAGGCUCCGGGUCGACUGAUGCCACGCCGCACGCGGCGUGUCGUCCGCGCGCGAGAAGGAAAGGGCGCGCGCUGUUGCUUGGUGCGAGACCCGGCGGGUGGAGGCACAGCCGAGCUGCAACGACAGUUGGUGGGGCCCACGCGACCCGAACGUUCGCGCACCCGCGGCCGCCGCAUCAGUUCAGCGGAAGUGAGUUCACGCGGGUCGGACGGGCGAUUUCGCCCAAUCGCGCGGGUCGGCUCUGUAUGGGACGGGGCGGCGAAGUGGAUUGACAAGCGUUUGGGGUGUUUGGAAGGCGCUGGGCUGGCCAGAGAGCGCGAGAGCGAGGUCCCUCCAGAGUCCAGCGACGACGAGGAGGAGGAGGAGGAAGAGGAGUUGGUGGAAGACGAUGAGGCCGACUCCGUCCGCCUCCGAGCACGCAGGGCCGAAAAAGACAAGACCUUUUCAGAGGAUGCUUGGGAACUGCUUGUGGAAGCGAUUCCCCUGAAGCGACGUGAGCCAAACAGCUGGGGAGGCUGUGCUGUUCGCCAAGCACUCCCCAGUCUGUCGUACAUCGCCUUGAUGCUGGUCGUAGAUCCCAAGGUCGCCGAGGCAGUGCCGACAGACGACCCCCGUGCGCGCCGAAGCCGAAGCGACAGACACCCGAAGCGACAGACGGGCUUGGGCGGAAUUGGUGGAGGAGCGGAGCUUGGCUUGCCCAGAGCGACCCUGAAGGGCGAGGGCCGGACUUCCACGAAGAAGGUGGCCCUCACCUGGGAAAAGGUUUCAGGCCGCCCAAGGGUCCGUGACCGUGAUGUCGACCGACGCGUUUGGGCCGGGGUGACGGUGGCUCGCUUGGACGUCGCAUCCGGGGACCGGAUGUUGGCGCUGGCGCCCGAGGAGUACACCAAUAACCGGGAGGUGGUGAUGAGCGCCAUCAAGCAGGACCUGGGAGGUGAUGAGGAUGGCCUCGCGCUGCGCCACGCCUCGUCGGAGUUGCAGAACGACUGGUCCUUCGUAGCUGCGGCCGUGUGCCGCGAUGGGGAGGCGCGCCGUGGCGGCCGCGAUGCCUUGCAGUUCGCCUCGCCGGAGUUGCGCAACGACUCCAAGAUGGCGCGCUGGGCCAUGGGCAUCCGCGCGCCGCGGCAGGACGCGCCCUCGGGGCAAAUCAACAUCGAGGAGUGGACGGGCCCUGACCUGUCCGAAUACAACAACAUGGCAACGGGACGGACGGCGCAGCCGAACUGCCUGCGUCAUGCCUCUGCACAGCUCAGAGGGAAGGAUCAGGAGCUGAUGCUGCACGCCAUCAGGGAGUAUUGGUUUGCUGCUGAUCACUUGACUUUGCCUCUACGAGAGUCGAAGCCUUUCUGGCGGAAGGUCCUCGAGCAAAACGAGCGGACGGGAUGGCAAGCCUUCGGAAACUAUGCACCGGUCUUCCUCCGGGAAGAUGAGGAGUUGAUGAACUGUGCCCUGCAGUUCGACCCGAUGGCCUUGCACUUCGCCGGCCCUGCGCUGCGCAAGCGGCGCUCCUUCGUCUUGGAGGCCGUGCAGCGGGACUGGCGCAGCCUGCGCUGUGCGCCCGCGGAGUACCAAGCGGAUGUCGAACUCCUCGUGGCCGCGGCGAUGCAGAACUUGGAGGCCCUGGAAUACGCCGGGGGCGAACUGAAGAGUGUGGCGCUACGGGCCGUGCAACCGCCCAGCCGAAGCUCGGGUCAAUGGCAGACGCACGGGUCGAGGGUGGAGCGACAGAUCCUGGAGGAAGAGAAGGAGAGCCUCCGAACUCGUUGCCGAUGGAAAGAUGGUUUCAUUGAGACCUGGACGGGCUUGCAGGAUGCUGAAGAGGUGGAAAAACAGGCCAAGAAGCAGAAGGAGAUUUGCCAGGAGAUUUGCAUGCUGAGGGAGUGGAAUCGAGUGAUGCUGCAGCUCUCCUCGAAGCACGGCCGAGCCUUGUCCUUCAUGCGCCCCACCGGUGUGGACGCUCGCUGGACCCUCGAAGCGGUGAAGGGCAACGGAGUGGCUCUGGCCUAUGCCGAGGCACGACACGCGCUUCUGCCGCUCGCGAGCUGGGAACGGCAUGGCGGUGAUGACCAUGACGUUCGGGUUCAAUCCUACCAAGAGAGGUAG